AUGGUGAAUGCUAAACCAUCGACUCCAACAAAAUGUCGACUAUUCCAAGACGAAACAAUCAAACAGUUCCAGAACGAUGGAUUUCUUGUUGAAACAGAUCUUCUGACAGCCGAUGAAAAGAAGAAGUUUGUGGAAUAUGCUGACAAAAUUCUUGCUCUUCCCGAAACUGCCGGUAAAUGGAUGCAAUACUUCGAAGUCGUGAACGAGAAGAAACUCAUAUGCCGUACGGAAAACUUUCUCGAUUAUUUCCCUGACCUCGACGAAUUGAUUCGUGGAAAAAUUACAGACGCUGUUUCCGAACUUUUGGGAGAACGUGCCGUGCUUUUCAAAGAGAAGAUUAAUUUUAAACUGGCAGGCGGUGCUGGAUUCGAUGCACAUCAAGAUGCACCGGCAUAUGUCGGUUUUAAACAUCGUUUUCAAUUAACUGUGAUGAUUGCGGCAGAUAAAUCUGAUAAAGAAAACGGAUGUCUUGAAGUUGUUCGUGGCGAACAUAAAUCGGGAAUGUUGCCUCAUCCUGGUGGUGUUCUUGAAAAGCAAUUAGUGGAAAAGUGGGAAAAGGAAAAUCGAUGGGAAGCGGUUGAAGUGGAAGCUGGUUCUUUGUUGUUUUUUGGUUCACUUUUGCCUCAUCGAUCAGGAAAAAAUCUUUCGAAUCGUCCACGACGUGCUUUUUAUUUAACUUUUAAUGCUUUAUCUGAUGGCGAUUGUCGUCAUGCAUACUACGCUGAUAAACGAGAGAAAUUUCCUCCAGACAUUGAGCGAAUUCCCGGGAAAGACUAUUCUGAAGGCGCAAAGAUAUACAAUUUAGCAAAUCCGAUCCCAGUUCAAAAGGAUUGA